AUGUAAAAAUAAUCAAUAGAUAUAGACGAUAUAAUAGAUAAAUUAAUUGAAACAAAAUAAUCUUCAAAAGCGAGAAGUUCAGCGUUAUCAGAAGCAGAAAUAAAAGCUUUAUGUUUAAAGUCAAGGGAAAUAUUUUUAUCUCAACCAAUGCUUUUAGAAUUAGAAGCUCCAAUAAAAAUAUGUGGUGAUAUUCAUGGUCAAUAUCCUGAUUUACUUAGAAUGUUUGAAUACGGAGGAUUUCCUCCUGAGGCUAACUAUUUGUUUUUAGGAGAUUAUGUUGAUAGAGGUAAAUAAUCAUUAGAAACAAUAUGUUUAUUACUUGCAUAUAAAAUAAAAUUUCCUGAAAAUUUUUUCCUAUUAAGAGGAAAUCAUGAAUGUUCUUCAAUAAACCGUAUAUAUGGAUUUUACGAUGAAUGUAAAAGAAGAUAUAAUGUAAAAAUUUGGAAAGUAUUUACUGAUUGUUUUAAUUGUUUGCCUAUUUGUGCUAUUGUUGAUGAGAAAAUAAUAUGCAUGCAUGGUGGAUUAUCACCUGAAUUGAAUAAUUUGGAAACCAUUCAUAGAAUAAUGCGUCCUAUUGAAAUUCCUGAUACAGGUCUCUUAUGCGAUUUAUUAUGGAGUGAUCCUGAAAAAGAUAUUCUAGGAUGGGCUGAUAAUGAAAGAGGUGUAAGCUAUAUUUAUGGACCUGAUGUUGUUUCUAGUUUUUUAAAAAAAUUCGAUUUAGAUUUAAUAUGUAGAGCUCAUUAAGUUGUUGAAGAUGGAUAUGAAUUUUUUGCUAAAAGAUAACUUGUUACUGUAUUCUCAGCCCCUAAUUAUUGUGGAGAAUUUGAUAAUUGUGGUGCUUUAAUGAGUGUAGAUGAAAGUUUAAUGUGCAGCUUUUAAAUACUUAAACCUGGUGAGAAAAAAACUAAUAUUUCUAGGCCAAAAACUCCAAAGUUUGUUAAUUGA